UAUUAGUUAGCUGCUAUAGUUGCAGUAGGUAGCUCACUCAUUCGAAGGUCAAUGACAAAGAUGAUCUAUUAUAUUGACAAGAUAGUCGAGUGAUGGCACAAACAAUGGAAAUAUGUCCACGAAGAUGGAAGGCAGGCGAGAUCAGGUGGGACCAUUCCAGCCAAUUAGAGGGCAGAUAUGCUUGUGAACAGGCACAACUCCGAUUUAAAGUUUUUUUUGCCAAAAUGCCACGUGCGUCCACUGUCAGUGCAUUCGUAACAACAUAACCAUUACAUAACUUAUAUCACAUCAAAUAAGCCUCAAGUAGGAAAUUAGCGAUUACAUUUUUUUGUUUAACAAAUUCGUCACCGACUCCCAUACAAAAAAAAAAUACUUUGUGGUCUUAUUUCUUGGACAGAUUUUGAGCACCGUAAACGCUCUCGCUUCGCCUUCUCCGACGUUCAUCCAUGUAGCUCGAGCAACAACGUUAUAAAGUGCAGCUAUGAGUUUGCUGUUCCUGAAAUUAUGCGACGCAGCAAGAAAUGGACAAAAACGUGCGCAAGCUUCGAAGUAAAGAUAUAAACCCAUGCAUUGAAGAAAGUGAUGGUUCUCAGAAAUGUUUGGAUGCCAAUAACUAUGAUAAGAACAUGUGUUCUGCAUAUUUUCUGAGAUACAAAAACUGCAGAAAAUACUGGCACAACCUCAUGGUGAAUAGGAGACGAGACGGCGUGAAGCCUGACAUGCCCACUGCUGAGGAGCGCCAGGAGAUACUAGCUGCCAUUGGAGGCAAGCCCUAUUGAGGCAGUGGCAAGACCAGUAGAAGGAAACACUGGAGUGGGGUGUAGACCAUACUUUCCAGUAAAGCUCUUGGUCAGACACCUUCUUUAUGAAGGUCUGAGAGCUCCUCCACACACCUCACCAUUAUGAUGCUGACCGUGCCCCAAGAGGUGCCUCUGCCGCACUGUGUGCUGCUUGCCACUAAAGGUUGAUGGUGGCGUUGAAACCUGUCAAAUACCGAUAUCAAUGAUCAAAUCACUACAGUAUGACUAAUGCUGUAAUCUGGCAAUGAAUGUGCAUAGCUGGUUAGUAUGAGUGGAGCUAUAUGGAAAAGCACUUCAAGUUGCCUUCAUGAAUCAAGUGUUUUUAAUAAUCUUUAAAGAAAGAACUGGAAAGACUAUGGACUUACUCACCUUUAUUUGCAAGCCUUGCCAGAAUCUCUGAAAAUAAACUGAAUCUGUGUUUGUAAAAUUA